AUGCCUGGUAGACCAAAGAAAAAGAGAAACCUUGAGCAAGGGGAGAUUGAUGGCACUGACAGAAAAUUGAGAAGAACUGGUUUUAUUGUAAAGUGUUCUUUGUGCAAUAAAAUUGGACAUAACAAGAAAACCUGCAAAGUCAAUGCAACUCAAGGCACUGCAUCUCAAGCCACUGCAGCUCAAGGUAAUGCAAAUCAAGCCAAUGCUACACAAGGCACUGCAUCUCAAAUCACUGCAAGUCAGGUUGCAGCAACACAAGCAUCAGUUGCACAAGGUUACAUGAAUGCAACUCAGUCUUCACAAGGAAAGUCAGUACCAGGGCAAGGCACAAAGGAGAAAGCUAGUGAAACUGGAAAACUACUAAAACUAGGUGUGAGAAGGCCCCUUUGUACCCCCUGGACCAACAACAAGACUCUCAGCAUCCAGGAAUGCAACUGGUCCUAUCAACCAAGACGAUCUACUCGAACCAAGAGAAGCACAUCAAAAAGGACCAUCUAG